GCGCCGCGUGCCCUCGACAAUGAGCCGGCUGAUGCUGGGCCGCACUCUGGAGCGGGUCUGCAAAGCUGUGCUGCUGCUCUGCCUCGUACACUUCCUCAUCAUGAUGAUCCUCUACUUUGACGUCUACAGCCAGCGCUUUGACAUCUUCAGCCGUUUCAACAAUGGCCGUGGCGCCAAUGCGUCACGCUGGCCGCACCAUUCCUACUACAACUACUCCAGCACCAGGCCCAAUGCCACCUUUGCCAGCUAUGUACCCGCCUCAGAACAGCUGCCACUCAGCGGCAAGCCUGAGCUCAAUCGCACACACCCAACUCCCAAGCCUAUUCCUCCUUGCCCAGAGGUACCACCUGGACUGGUGGGACGUCUCCUGAUUGAGUUCAGCUCUCUGAUGAGCAUGGAAAGGGUGCAGAGGGAAAAUCCCAAUGUGACAGAAGGGGGCAAAUACACACCACCAGACUGUCGGCCGAAGCAAAAAGUAGCCAUUAUCAUUCCAUUUCGGCACAGAGAACACCACCUGAAAUACUGGCUCCAUUACCUGCACCCCAUCCUUCGGCGGCAGAAGAUCGACUAUGGGAUCUACAUCGUCAACCAGCUUGGUGAGGACACAUUCAACCGGGCCAAGCUGCUAAACGUGGGCUACACAGAGGCUCUAAAGGAUGCCGAGUAUGAUUGCUUCAUCUUCAGUGAUGUGGACCUGAUCCCCAUGGACGACCGCAACCUGUACCACUGCUACGACCAGCCGCGCCACUUCGCCAUCGCCAUGGACAAGUUCGGCUUCAGGUUACCGUAUGCAGGAUAUUUUGGAGGAGUUUCUGGCUUGAGUAAGAAGCAAUUCCUCAAAAUCAACGGCUUCCCCAAUGAGUACUGGGGAUGGGGAGGAGAGGACGAUGACAUCUACAACAGGAUCACACUGAACGGGAUGAAGGUGUCUCGGCCAGAUGUGAGGAUCGGCCGCUACAGGAUGAUUAAGCACGAAAGGGACAAGCACAAUGAGCCCAAUCCCCAGAGGUUCAAUAAAAUCCAGAAUACAAAGAACACCAUGAGGAAGGAUGGCAUCAGCUCACUGACAUAUCGUCUGGUCUCCAUUAAAAAGUACCCGCUCUACACUAACAUCUCAGUGGAGAUUGGGAAACCUCCUCCCAGACCACUCAGAGGAUAGACCACGGCCAGGUCCUCACUCACUCACACACACACACACACACACACAAAGACACACUUAUAUUAUAUA